AACUAUGGCAACCUUUUUUUCUACAUCUUGACCGAAGCUCAGAAAGAGAAAGAAAGUUUUAGUUCCAAAGCGAGAAAGAGAAGAGUCACACAGAGAAAGGUAGCAGAUCGUCCAUGGCGUCGUCCACCAAGGAACGUGAAAACUUCGUCUACACCGCCAAACUCGCUGAACAAGCCGAGCGCUAUGAAGAAAUGGUGGAUGCAAUGAAGAAUGUAGCGAAGCUAAACGUGGAGUUGACGGUUGAGGAGCGAAACCUUCUGUCAGUCGGGUACAAGAAUGUAGUUGGGGCUCGCAGGGCUUCAUGGAGGAUUCUCUCCUCCAUUGAGCAGAAGGAAGAAUCCAAAGGGAACGAUGUUAGCGUUAAGCGAAUCAAGGAGUAUAGGAACAAAGUUGAAUCUGAGUUGUCUAACAUCUGUACUGAUAUCAUGACUGUUAUUGAUGAACACCUUAUCCCUUCUUGUUCUGGUGGUGAACCUAGUGUAUUCUUCUAUAAGAUGAAGGGCGACUAUUAUCGGUAUCUGGCUGAAUUCAAGUCUGGAGAUGAGAGAAAGGAGGCUGCUGAUCAGUCCAUGAAAGCAUAUCAGGCGGCUUCUACUACUGCCGAAGCUGAGUUACCUCCAACGCAUCCCAUUAGAUUGGGUUUGGCUUUGAACUUCUCUGUUUUCUAUUAUGAAAUUUUGAACUCUCCUGAAAGGGCCUGUCACCUUGCUAAGCAGGCAUUUGAUGUAGCAAUUGCUGAGUUGGAUACUCUAAGCGAAGAGUCUUACAAAGACAGCACACUAAUUAUGCAGCUUCUGAGGGACAACCUUACCUUGUGGACCUCUGACAUCCCUGAAGAUGGAGCCGAUGAACAAAAGGUAGAGUCCGCACAAGCUACCCAAGGGGAAGACUGAAGGCAUAGUGAGGUGAAGCAUGACAUAUUGAAUAGGAGUUUGUGGUGUGCAUAGGAGAAGUUUGCAACUCUUUGUAGUGUACCAUUACAUUAGGAUGUUGUAAUAGAACAUGAAGAGAAGCUUGCAACUCUUGGCAGGGUACCAUUACAUUAGGCUGUUGUGAUAGAACAUGAAUUUGGUCUCUAGAAGAUUUCAAACCAUAGUCUUUGAUGACAUUUCAUUCUAUGCAUUUCUUUUCUGCUAGUUGGAGACUGCAGUUGAGAUUGCAGGGUGUUUGGCUGUAAUUUAGUUUAUUGCUUCAUUUUGACUUAACAACUUUCCAAAAGAAUGCUGGCUUGCAUUAUUUCAAGUUUUCAACAAUUUACAGUGAAGAACGUUGGUUUAAAGUUGUGCCAAUAGUGAAUACAUGUUCGGAGA